GGCUGGUGGGAUUAUUCACGAACAACUUACAAUUCCAAUUAUUUGUGGUAUUUGAAAUUGUAUAUUCACCAUGCUCUACCUGGUAGGACUUGGUCUGGCUGACGAGACCGAUAUUACGGUCCGCGGUCUGGAGAUCGUUAAGAAGGCCGAGCGUGUCUAUCUGGAGGCAUACACGGCCAUUUUGCUCGUCGAUAAGGAGAAACUAGAAGCUUUCUAUGGACGUCCUGUUAUCGAGGCCGACCGCGAAAAGGUCGAGAGUGGCAGCGAUGAGAUUCUCGCCGACGCCGACAAGGUCGAUGUUGCUUUCCUCGUCGUUGGUGAUCCCUUUGGCGCCACCACACACACAGAUCUAGUCCUCCGCGCCCGCGAACUGGGCAUCGAAUCCAAGGUCAUCCCCAACGCUUCCAUCAUGUCCGGUAUCGGCUGCACGGGUCUGCAGCUGUACAACUUCGGUCAGACCGUCAGCAUGGUCUUCUUCACUGAGAACUGGAAGCCUUCAUCCUACUACGAUCGGGUCAAGGAGAACGUUCAGUUGGGUCUGCACACAUUGGUUCUGUUGGACAUCAAGGUCAAGGAGCCGUCGCUGGAGAACAUGGCUCGGGGCCGUUUGGUCUACGAGCCCCCUCGCUAUAUGACCGUUGCGCAGUGUGCAGGUCAGAUGUUGGAGACUGAGGAGGAGCGUCAGGAAGGCGUCUGGGGACCGGACAGUCUUGCUGUCGGCGCGGCGCGUGUGGGUGCCGCGGACCAGAAGCUGGUUGCUGGUACCCUAAAGGAACUGGCCGAGGUCGAGAUGGGCCGGCCUCUGCACAGCUUGGUGUUGAUCGGAAAGAGAGCGCACGACCUGGAGAAGGACUACAUCCGGGAGUUCGCUGUCGACAAGGCCACCUUCGACGCUAGCUGGCAGAAGGGCGGAUACGGUACUAUGUAAAGACCGUCGCUGAUGAGGAACGAAACCAAAAUAGAUAGAUAUUCAUCACGCCAAAACUGAACACUGCUAAUGAAAUCACAUGCACGAACCCAAACACCCAAACCCGCUUUCUGGUGG